CAGUCAGGCAGUGAACUCGAGGCAGUGGCGUCGUGGUGUGUUUGUAACUUACUGCGGAAAGUUUCCAGCUGAAAUAUUGCGAUAUUCACAAUGUCAUGACAGUUAAAGCAGCCUUGAAGCUUCACUGGUACCUGUACCAACGUCCAGAAGAGCCAGAGCGGCUCGCAUCCCUCCUCUGAUUGGACAGCAGGGACUCCGGACGUCAUGGUAACAGUAUCCCUCGGAUCAUGGAUGUGAGUGAUGAGUUUGACAGCGGGAUGGAGGCCACAGAUGACCUCGCGUCGUUUGAGGUGGUCAACCUGUCGAACCCGGGCCUGCUGGAUCUGGGCACAGCCGUCGACGGACACGUCCAGGAGUCAAGGGACAGGACCAAACUCAAAACAAAACUCAUUUCAGCGUGGAAUAAUCUCAGAUAUGGAGGCUGGUCUCUGAAGAGCAAGCCGCGUCUCAGUAUGAGCAGCCCCGUGUGUCUGCUGGGACAGUCCUAUCAGCUGAGCUACAGCGGAGAGCGGGAGAGUUUCCGGCGGGUGUCCUCCUCUCUGCUGUGGAUGACCUACAGGAGAGGUUUCCCGCUGCUGGACGGCUCGGCCCUCACUUCUGACGCGGGAUGGGGCUGCAUGCUCCGCAGCGCACAGAUGCUGUUAGCUCACGGACUAAUGCUGCACAUGAUGCCCGCGGGUACAAACACAAUGCAUGGACUUAACCCUAUAAUGCAUUCAGACCUUUUUAAGCUGCGAGACAUUCUGAAUUUUCAAAAUGUUUCAUAG